GUAAUAUCGAGUGGGAGUGUGUUCAGAGGGUUAGAUCAGUCGCCUCGAUGCAGAGCACAACCUCUCCAUCAACUCUCAGCAUGGGGGACGAAGCUUACAGUUAUUAUAGCUAUGAGAAUGAGUCUAACUUUACUGACAAUGAGACCUAUGACCUUAGCGGUGACUUCUCAGACCUGCCCGGCUCCCACAUUUUUCUGCCCAUCAUGUAUUACCUGAUAUUCUUCACUGGAUUCUGGGGCAACAUCUUUGUGAUCGUGGUGGUGGGGAGCAAAGGCAAAAGAGCGGGUCGCCUGGUGGACAUCUUCGUCUUGAACCUGGCCAUGGCUGACCUGGUCUUCGUCCUCACGCUGCCUCUGUGGGCCAUCUCUUCCAGCCAGACGAACGGCUGGGACUUUGGGUUUGCCAGCGAGUUCCUGUGCAAGCUGAGCAGCUACAUCAUCUCUGUCAACCGCUUCUCCAACAUCUUCUUUCUCACCUGCAUGAGCAUUGACCGCUACCUGGCAAUAGUGAAGAUGAUGGAUUCCAGGUACCUCAGGAGUAGUAAGUGCAUUCGCAUCACUUGUGCUGCCCUCUGGAUCAUCUCUGGCAUCCUUGGCGUUCCCUCUCUGAUCUACCGAAAAGUGGCGCCAUCUGUAGACGGUCAGUCUUGCCAGGAAGAUGAGAAGUUGGCGAUCCUGAUCGGCAUGAAUCUGGGCAUGGUGUUCCUCACGUUCAUCUUCCCGGUGCUGAUCAUCAUGGUCUGCUACGGAACCAUUAUCAUGCACCUCAACAGGCACUGCGCCGCUGCUGGGAACGCCCGAGCCGAGGGUCGCCGCAGACACUCACUGAAGAUGGUCCUCUGCAUCAUCGUGGCGUUCGUGGCGUCCUGGCUGCCCUACAACACCUUCAAGUCCAUCAAAAUCAUUUCCUAUCUCUCAGAAGGCGAACUGAGACAUAAAGCAUGGCUGCACAACGGAUUCCUCGUCUCCUCCUGCCUGGCUUUUCUCAACAGCUGCGUGAACUCGGCCAUCUACUUCUUCUUGGACCACCACUUCAGGCGACGGGCGAAGUUCCUGUUCCAGAGCUGCGCCGGGAAGACAAAGAUGCUGCAGAGCUUCAACUCCUCGGCUUCUAUCACCAACCCCGGCACUUCUGAGACCUAUGCGACAAAUGGUGGGCGAACGCAGAUUCAGAUGUCCCUGCAGGAGGAGAGCAAGUCAUUCAUUACCUUCUGAAAGUCCAGAAGAGGUGACGUCAUUGUUUUAUACUUCAGUUAAAAUCUAUCAGACAAUCACACACAAUUUUAUUCAUUUUUUUUGUAAAAAUUUUAGUCUGCUAAUUUUCUCCUGCAGAGCCCUGAUGUAUUACGGUAGAACAUUAAAUAAUUCAUCUUUUUUUUUUGUUUGUUUCUGAAAUAUUUGUUUUAUGUUUAAUUGUACAAUUGUUUUUUUUUUCUUUUCUUUUCUUUUUUUUUGUCUUCCUCUUCUAAGAAAAUGCUGUUAAUACUGCUUAUGCUGGAUGGCAGUGCAUAACUUGGCUGCUUAUUUUUUGCAUGUUGCAUUAUUAUUUUAGCAUUAACCUAACAUUAGUUCUUAAACAUAACAUUAGCUUUGAAUUAUUAGCAUUUUUAUGUUUUUUGUAAAACUUUCAAGAUUUGUACUUUUCUGAUUCAUCUUUUGUUGUGUUUUUUGAAGUUUUUUUUUUUUAAUGCGGGAAAUAAAUGUGUCAGGAAAAAAACUGUUUUUUACAAUUAGCUGCAAGUUUUUCCAGAUAAACACUUUUUGUUAAAUUGCAGUGAAACUGACAAAGCUCCAGUAAUCCAUAGUUUACAUAUGUUAACUACAUUUGAUGAAUGGUUUGAUUUGUAUUUUUCUUUAAAUAAAAUCUAAUUUUGUCAUACAUA